AUGGUGGAAUUGCAGAAAACUUUCAGCUUUGAUGAACAGAUUCUGCCGCAUUUGUUGAGGGAUAGGGAAACGUACAGCGGAAUAUUAGCAGAAGAAGGAUACGGUAUUAAAAUUUAAUUGAGUAGUGUCUCAUAAAACAGCGAACAGAUGCAUAACUGCACGUGAGUUGUAGCCUUGAAACAGAACAGCUGAUGAUAGAAAUAACGGUGUAGAUUAUAAACACACUGUAUUUUCCUUUAUAUGCCUCUCUUGUAUAGACGCAGAGGCUGAGAAGAAAAGGCUGCAGGUUCGCAUUGUUGGACAAGAAAAGGAUAAUUCCAUAAUUUUAACGUGGAUAGACAUCGGACCCAACAGUAGAGUAAGUAUUCAGCUGAGGAUAUCGAUAAUUUGCACGGUCAGUGUAAAACGCAGACUGCAGACCGGGGGUAAAAUGCAAACUGAGGGUAAAAUCGGUUGCCUUGAUUGCGGCAUUUACUGAGUUCGAGAAUCUCCACAACCCUGACUGGUUCCAUGAUCCGUGGUGUGAAUCAACAUCACUUUUUAGUUCAGUAAUAGGUAAAUGUACAAAACUUAACCCUGAUAUGAAAACUUCCAUCAUGAUAAACGGUAUCCGGUUAGAUCGCUCCAUGGUUAGAUCGCUCCAAGUCAGAUCGCUCCAUACCGAAGUCAGAUCGCUCCACUCGAAAGUUAGUUCGCUCCAUCAAAUAAGUUACUUCGCUCCAUACAUAAGUUACUUCGCUCCAUGUAGAAACCUAAUACACUAACUUACUUCUGAUCUUUAUAGUUUAUAGUUGAUGAUGUGUAUUGCGUCUUGAGAUCGAGUUGCUGAUCGACGUAUUCGCUAACUUGAGGCCUGAACGGUCCUGUUUAAAGAGCAGCAGACACCACAACCAUCACAAACAAAAGGCUCCUUUAGGAGCCACCAAAUAAAUUAAAAGAAAUGACCAACAAUGAAUAUAAUUUAUAAAUAUUGCUUUCAAAGAAUCGCCAUUUUUAAACGUUGUCAAAUCCAGCCGUGAGUGAGACUGGGUUCGCGCGUUACAAUACUCUUUCUUUUCUUUUCCCUUAUCCUUCUGUCUUUUAUCAACCUUCCACGUUAGUUUUCUUCAUGGAGCGAAGUAACUUAUGUAUGGAGCGAAGUAACUUAUUUGAUGGAGCGAACUAACUUUCGAGUGGAGCGAUCUGACUUCGGUAUGGAGCGAUCUGACUUGGAGCGAUCUAACCAUGGAGCGAUCUAACCGUAAUUCUGAUAAACACAUCUCAUCAAAUCUCAUGCCCAGUGGCAGGCCCCCCUAGGUUCAGGAAGUAUAUGAUGUUUGACUCAUCUUACUUGCAGCUGCCCUCUCCAGCACUUUUCAGGAGUGUUAAUCUAUUCAGGACUGAUAACUUUUCUCCCAUUUCUUUUUCUUUCUUUUUUUUCAAUUUUUUCCCUUUUUUUCAGAAGACAGAACCAAAAGUAACUUACUUUGGACUAUAUGAAGCAUCUCAACGGCAUCUCAAAGUAAGUAGUACUAACAGCUACUAGAGUUCCUGUUGGGUAGUUAUCAUGGUCAUUACAUGUAAUUGUUACCAAAAAAAUAAUUUAAUUAUAAAAGAAGUUAUAGUUGUAUAAAUUUUUGUGAUAAGAAUAUAAUCUAAUAUGGUAAUGCUCGAGGAAACCAUUCUUACUGUGUAUUGGUGAAAAUAUAAAUGUUCAAGUAGAGUUUCUUUUUUUGAUUAUGGUUAUGUUAUUAACAGACCUUUUGGGUCUAGGAAAUAGCUCUGAGGUGACUGGAGGACAGAGGAAUGAAAUUUAUAUAUCUAAGUGUUAUAAAGAUCACUGUUAUUUCUAUUUGAUCUUACAACUCAUUGUGGGAGCUACAUGGGUGUUUCUGUUGCUGGUAAACUGCUUGUUAACUUUGUUAAUAUUCUCAUUCUUUCUAGCGUUUGUUUGUUUAUGACAAAGAAGUGGUUGUUACUGGGGCAUCAGUCAAUCAAGAGAGAACUCUACUUGGUGAGUGAAUACAGCUCAAAAUAAGGUUUUGAUUCCUUUUUCACUUUGCAUCUGGAUUACCUUGAGAGUACAUAUAUUUUGAUGUUUCAUUUUCAAUUUUCAGCUUUCACUAUUACUGAGCAAUGUUUUGGAUCAGGCAAUGAACCCUGUAGCUCUCAUAAUCCAGGUAAACUUUGUAUUCAUCAUUAUUUCAUUAUUAAAUACUCAAUUCCUAUUUCUUCACUUUAUUUGAUUUUCUGUACUUUACAGCUAUCUAUACUUCAUUUCUUGCUGAGAUUCGCGGACGGAAUUGUAUCUAUUCAUUCUUCAAUGCAAGGCACACUUUUCAAAAAGUUCAGGUAAAUAAAUGGCAGUUUAUGUGUGUAUUAAAAGAGAAAAUAUCUCCUUUGACUCUGAGAGUAUCUGGUUUCUAAUUUCUCCUUAGAGUAUCACCCUUGGAAAGGAAAUGAUCAUUCAAUCAAAUUUCAAUCAAAUUCUCCUUAGCUUGUUGGCACCAUAAUUAAUAUUAAUUAAAGAGAACUGUGUGGAGAACAUAAACACUUAAUCUGCAUAUUUUAUUUUCAAGUUUCUGUAUGGGGAGUAUGUUGGCUAUGGGAGCUCAUCAAAAAAGGAGUCUCAUAUGCUCUUCUUGCAUCAUAAAGAAGGUAAUAAAAUCAUACAAUUUAUAAGUUACUUUAAUUUAAUUAAUUUGAGGCUCAAGUCUUCAGAGUAAAAGUUGACUGUAUUGUGUGGUUAUCCAGGGUCAACUAAGCUAGUGGUGCAGUACCAGCAAAUCUUCACAUUAACUAGCAUGCUUACAUGUAAAAGAACAACAAUUUAACUUUACCCUCAGUUAGGUUAAAACAAAAACUGGUCAAUAGACAACAAACAAGUAUUAUAGCUGUAACUUACAGUCACUUUGAGUAGGAUUUUGUCCAACUGACCAAUAAACAAACAAACAAAUACUACAGCUGUAACUUACAAUAACUUUGAAUAGGAUUUUGUGACUUUGUAGAUGUAGUACUAGGUAACUUAAGUCAAUUUACAAUGAAAACAACAAAAAGCUAUGACUACUUAAUGCAAUUUCAGAGAAACAUUUUUCUGACUGAUUAUCUUUAAGCUGUUAUUGUAUAUUUUCACUGAUUUUGUUUUAAGCAAUUGGAUUGUACCACUUCCCAAUGGCCAGAUUUGGAGACAAAGGAAUGGUGGGUUUAUACAGUUUUCUAGGGAGAACCUUUCACUACCUAGAUAUCUAAUAUUAAAUUCAUCUUACAGCAAAGUAUAUGUUUUCAUUCAUACAAGUGUUAAGUGUUAAAUCAAUACCUUACUUGAUAAUUUUUUAAGAUUAUGAGUGAUCAACCUCGGAUACAGCAAGUGGCAGAUGAAUUUUUUUGGGCAGAAUGGGACUGUCGCAAUCAGCGACUCUACAUUGUGUACCCAAAGCACAAGGUAUGUUGUCAGAGGAUUGUGCAGCUUGUAAUUUAAGUAUCUCUUUUUGCUUUUUUGUUUUUGUUUUUGAAAAGAAAACUUAAUAUUUAUUUAAACACAAUUAUUUACAUGUAGCUAAUUACCUAGAAUAUAAUUAUGAUAGUUUGAAGUAGCUACAGGUGACUAUGAUUUCAGCCAACUUUGUAGUUGACCUGAAUUUCCUUGGCUCCAGACUACCAAUUAAAAUAAAUGGUGAUUUCUUGUAACAAAGGAACAAGUAGAACCAGUGUAAUGUCAUUUUAUCUAAAUUUUUACUUGAAGUGGUAACAGAUCUUUUGCUCAGAAACCAAAAUUUUGAAUAACUCUGAAUCACUCUGAGUUAUCUUUAAUUGUUUCUUUUCAGAGGGUUAAUUCUGGGCUUGACGAGGAGCAAGAAGAGAUGCCUGAUCUCAUGUUUGUAGCUUACCAGUUCAAUGAGAGAAGCCCCCAUUCAAAGGUGGUAAGUUCAGGACUUAGGGUCAGGGAGAGCACUGUUUCAAGAAUUAAUUAUAAAACAAUUUUUAAAGACAAAAUCUUGAAUUGAUUUUGACUAGUUGGUAUGUACAUUUAAGACAAAGCUUUUUCCUACGGCCUAAAAGUCUAAUUUUUUUUUUGUCAGUCCCUCAUUUCAUUACACAGUCAGUUAAUCAUUAUUUUUUCUUUUCUCCAUUAUUUAAUGAUUACUCUUAAUUUGUCUCAGUGAAAUGAGAUUUCAUACCUAAAGAGCAAUUUUGGUAUCUGUGCAAUAUUAAUUAUUAUUGAUUUGAUGCACAUGGUGCUAAGGCAUAUAUCAUUAACUAUGGCAUCGAGUAAUUUUAGUUUUUUUCAUUGCCUGGUAUUUAGUAUUUUGCUCUUUGUUGUUGGCAAAUUAACCCUUUAACUCCCAAGAUCUGAUUGUCAAUUCUCCCCUGUUGCUGCUACACAUUUCGUUGUAAAUUAGUCAUGAGAACUUGGUGCUAGAUCAGGAUUGUAGCUUCUACCUGAUAAGUUUGAAUAUUCUCAUUACCUGUUUGCUGAAGAAUGUAAGGAUAUUGUAGGGAGAAGUUUUAUGUUAAUCACUUCUGGGAGUUAAAGAGUUAACUUUUAUAAUGUGUUUUGGCAGCUAAAAUUUCCACUUCCCUUCACUGGUGUGGACCUUUUUUGCAAGACAAGGUAGUUAUAAAAUAUAAAUGUUACUUGCAGUUUUUCAUUAUGGAUUAGGGUUCAUAUAAAGAUUCAUAAUUUUAGAAAGUUAAAUAUCACAUUUCUUUUUGUUUUUAGACAUCCUGAGUAUGCUGAUAUUCCUCUGUCUCACACUAUCUCAGGUAGCUUUUCAUAUGUUCCACCAAAUGUACAGUUUUUAGCUGGUGUAGUUGUGAAAAUAUGUGGCAGGGUUAAAAGUGAAGAGUUGCUCUAGCCACAUUUGGUGGAGGUUAACUGCAGCUGCUCAAAAUUCCCAGAAAACUUCAGACUGCAAAUAUAAGCUGUUGCCUUCGCUGAUGAUAGAUGAAAGAUAUUUUAGUUUAUAAAUUUUGACAAGUCAAAGGUUGAUAAGGAAUGCCUCAAUCAGUCCAACAGACUAAAAGCUUUUAUUCAACUGUGUAAUUUCAGAGAAACAUGUCAACAUGCAAGUUGUUACUUUGCCUGGCAAAGGUAAACUACCAAUAAUACCUAUUGUAAGUAAAUAUUUAUGAAAAUGUAAUUGUAAAUUAGUACCGCAUAUCAUUUUGUAAAGUGAAUUUUUUUUAUUAUUGUUUUACCUUAUGAUAAUAAUGAUUUGUUUAAUUAAUAUAUGACUUUUGUUUAAAUGUCAGGUUCAUUUUAUAUAUGCGUUCAACAUCCAAUAUCUGUUGGAACUGAGGGAUCACAGGUAAGUGACUCUCACAUAAGUGGUAAGUGGGGCAACAUUUUGACUAAGGGAUAUGUUUAUUUCCUGUACAGCCCAAUAUCUGGGAGUUUUGAUUUGUUAAUUUGCAGCCACCAAGUGAGGGAUCAGUCAUUCUUUAUCACCUGGGCUAGGGUUGAAGGAAUGGAGGGGUGGGAUUACAUGGUUUCAGGGAGAAUAGAGGGGGGUCAUUUGUUGCCAAAAGAGUAUCGUGGGGAAUCUAUAGAAAAUUAAAUGCAAAUUUACAGCCAAUGAGAGGGGGGGAUCAUAAGGAAAUAUUACUGAACCUUAUGGGGGAUCAGGUAAAUUUUAUUGUGACACAACCAAAGUCCUCUAAACCUUCACAUCCCCCCCCCCCUCCCUUAGGGGAAGACUAAUGACCAGUCCCUUAAAGAGUUAAGGACCUAUAAAAGUUAGGUCAUUGAAGUUUACUUUUCAUAAUCUAGUUUAUUUAUUUUUUAAAAUCAGAACAACACAGAAGAAUCUGUUGAACUUUCCAAUCAGUUGGAAUACUCUGUUUAUGUGUUACACCAUGGUGAGUUCUUGUUUUUCAGAGUGAUAUUCUUUGAUCUUCGGGAAUAUGUUUCCUAUAUAUUCUUCUCACUAGUUUGUCACCUUUGAUCUGGAGGAAACAGUGGAGUAGAAUUGUGGGAUGUACACUGGUUUUGCUCUACUGAGUUUUAUGAUUGAUAAUGUUAAUAAGAUUGAGUGCCAAGUCCAAUUCAGUCUGUAAUCAUACAAAUAAUUACAAAAAUUGGACAAUUGCAAAGUGUGUGCUGAUUUUUUAAUCACCACUAUGAUUACAGACAGAAUUGAAUGACACAAAGUCCUGUUACCAAUUAAUCAUAAGCAUUAUAGCUUCUGAUACAAUUAUUACUAACAGUCUGCAAGAGAUAGUCUCUUGCAAACUACUGUCCACUUUGCACAAAAGAUUGUGGAAAUAAGUCAAAAUUGACAUUGAGUAAAAUUUAGCUGAGUGGACUUAAUAUGAUUGGCUGCUUAAACUGACCAAUUUCUGGUGUCUGAUUACAGCCAACUGUCUAAUUACUCUGUCCGAUUGCGAUUGUAACUCUACAGAAUAAUUUGCUGGAAAAAAGUAGCCAAUGCACUAAUCACGUUUCAGGAAAUUGUAAUGGUUGUGAUAGGUCUUAAAGUUGGGGACACCCUCUUUCAGACUGUCAGAUGAAAAGCAAAAACCAAUUUCUACUUUAGAGCAAUUUUCUAUGGAGUGUUGAUUCGAUUCGAUUUAAUUCUUGGCUUGGUGUUUGGAGCAGAACUCAACUUAAUGAAUAAUUUGGUCUGAUCAACUGAAUUGAUGAACUGAAGUGAAGUGGCCGCAGUGAAGAACGUUGGCCCUUCUUCACAGCGAAUCCUUUCCCUCCAACAAAAGGUCAUCGUUCGAUACGUCAGCUAUAGAAUCUCUUUACGGUGACCAAUUCACUAAUUAUUAACUCGGUUAAUAACCUAUUUAUUUGUCUUUAUUUGAGACAAUUAAUUUGUCUCUCUAUCGUUGUAUUCAACUCCUGUAUGAUUUUUCUUGUUUUUGAAGGCUUUUUAAUGAAAUGUGUGUUACCAACUGUGCGACCGUCACAAGACCUCAACUACCGUCUGUUUUUCUCGUCACUCGGUAAGUAUUCAAGUAUAAGUUAGAGUUAAUCGGGUAUUCAAACAUUUUACAUAUCUUUGUUCUGAGAGCAUAUGCUGCAGUUGUUUGGCUUGUUAAAUAUUAUUAUGGUAUCCUAUAGAAUAGAAACAUUUGCUAUAUUAUGUGGACAGCAGCAAGGUAGUUUGAUUGGCCUAAAGAGAAUGAGUAAACACCUGUGAAGCCAUUCUAGAAGUGAUUUUUAUUCUCAGGUCGACGACCUCCAAGUAGAUUAAAUUUUUUUAAGGUCCUUUAAGGCGAACAAAAGUUGGUCGGGCUUUACAGAGCCAAAAGCUGAUCAGAUAGUCCCCUUGGUACAAAUAGACUACAAAUUUAUCUUUCUAUCAUCUCGACUCAAAUAUGGAGGUUUCUUGCUUAGCAAAUAAAUUUCUUCGUGUUGAAACUCUCUACAGAUAACUACCUGAUGGUCUUUCUACCCGGCCGCUUUAUGCAUUUGUUGAAUUGUGGAACAGAACGUGAACCUUGUCAUCACAUCAUCUUACAAGGUAAGGAAAAAAAUUGAUAUCCGGUUUGAUUUGAUUAGGCGCUCAACCUCGAACAAGCCCUUACCCUGUAGGUAGGAAAAGUAAAUAAGCGAUCAGACUCAAGUAGGCGCCAAUCCCCCCUAUCUCCCCCUCCCCCUGGAAAAAGCAAAAAAAAUAAAGUGCGCAAGAGAAAUACUGAUUGUUAUUUCUAAACUGGCUCACAAUUUCUACAUCCACUGUCUAAGAAACAUCUUUUUAUUUUAUUCUUUUUUGUUGAAAAAUAAACUUACUACUAGCUGAAAAUGGUGAAAAAUUAUGAAACGCCAAAGUUCAGGCCCAAAAAUCAAUAAGCAACCCAGUUUAAUUGAAUAAAUACCGUGGUCAAAAUAUGAAGCAUCUCCUUUUGUGAAUUGAUGAUCAUUUUCCGAAAACAGUCGUUCUCAAGGCUUUUCUUCACCCUGACCAUCGUAUUAAUGAUCGUCUGUUACUUUUGGGUUGAAAACAUUCGCUACUGACCAGAAAAGCUAAGAACGUACUCGAAGCUUGAAAGUGAGAUGGAAAUUUUUUUUGUAAGUGUUGAAUAUUUUCUCAUAUUUUGAUUUUUGUUUUUAGACGAUGCUGUACCAACGUUUUCUUCUGAGGAUGCUGUGCCUAAUGAACCACGCCUGCUAUCGAUCCUUAAGAAGGAGGUUUCUACGUCUCUACGCACAGGUUUGAAUAUCGUUCGACAUUGACCCUUUAAACCCUGAGAGUGACUAGCAUCUAACUUCUCCCUACAAUAUCACUCCUGAAUCACACAUUAAGGUCAUGAGAAUAAAGGAAAUGGUCACCAGGGAAAGAAGCUUUUGAUAGGCAAACAAAUUCUCCUUGUCAGCACCAUAGGAAAUGUAUAAAGAACAGUAUGGAGAAUAUGCAUACUGAUGUUAGUGUGUAAAGGGUUAAGAAAAUAAUUUUACAGUGGCAUAUGUUCUUGUCUUCACGUACAUCGUCCAUUUUUCUUGUAUUCUUGGGUACUUUGGAAAGUUUUGAGAAGCCCUAUGCCCUAUUUGCCCUAUGCAAAGAAAGCAGAUUCUGACUACCUUUGUUGAAUACUUUUUCGCCCGUCUUUUAUUUGCUUCCUACUAGGUCCGUACAUUUUUGACUGUGGAUCUGGGAAUGCCUUCAAGUACAGCUUCAAUAAGGAAACUUUAGCUGAACUAUUUGCUAAGUAUGUGUCGUGCCAUGGCUAAAAUACAUCGCCCACUUAACCCUUAAACUCCCAAGAUCUCAAUUGUAAUCUCCUCGCCCUCUUCCAUACAAUUCUUAUGAUGCGAGUGUGGAGACUUUGAUAUUUAAUCAACAAGUAGUCGCUUAGUUGACAUUUUUCUUCAUCCUCAUCACUUGUGGCUUCGUAGCUCAGUUGGUGAUAGCGCCCCACGCGUAUCUUGGAGGCCUGGGUUCGAAUCCCAUCGAAACCGGUUUUUUUUUUUUUUUUCAGGCCUCUUUACUAAAAUUAAUCUAAUUGCAGCUCUCCUACGAAGAUCAUUGCAUUACUUGAUUUUCACAAGCUUAGGCUGAGGUAAAUAAAGAUCGUUUUAUUUUUCUUAAAAUAAUUCAUGUCAUCUUCUUUGCUGAUAGGACUCAUAUGCCAAGUACGCGUCUGGCCAUUCUUCACUUAGCUGUUAUUCAUUUACGGGAUUCUAAUUUAACGAGAAAGGUACAUAAAAUAUUUUGUUUCCAAUCUUGUGGGCUUAGACCCCCGAAGCCGAUCAGAACCUCGAUUUAGUUGUUUACGCUGUUGAUGUCGCUGUUCCCUUCAGAUCUUUGAGCACCUGAGCCAUGACCCGGCGAGCCCAGAAUGUUUGGAUCUCCUCCGAGAGUAUCUUGUUGGUGAGGGGAUCAUUUGUUUGAUGGUUAAAGAGAACGAGUGGAUUUUUCUAGAAAGAUUGAAUUUCAGUAGGUCAAGAGAGAAAAACCAGUGAGACAGCUAAAAUCUUAAGUAGAUAGAUACAAGGAUGACCAGAGACGGAGCACAUACCAACGUGAAAAGUGGUACGUGGGCUUUAACUUCAUCUUUAUCAGUUAAAAUGUCGAUAGCACGCUUGUAAUCUAUAGGCUUUAUUCUUGUUAGGUGCAACUUAUGGUACUUUUCGUCGAGAGCUCCAGGGGGAACCCGUGGCUUUGAUUCCAUUCACUAGUGUCGACACUUACAGAGGACAUUUGGAAAAGGUAAAGCGGAACCCAGGGAAUUAUGGCGCAACUUUUUCCUCAUUUUUUUGCCAUCAAGAGGCGAUGCCAGACACUUAAAUUCACUCCCUCUUCUUUCAUCCUUUGGUGAAGGCAUAAGUUUAGCCGGAAGGAGGAGAUUUUAAAUUUUUAAUCUUGUUACUUCCUUUCCACCAGAGAAACGUUUUUUUAAUAAUUAUAAUCUUGUUGUAUUAGGACGUCAACAGGAAAAGGAUUGCCCAAAUUUCUUGCUCAUUUGUCAGGGAUAUUCCAAUUGAAUUUCAGAAUGUCAAGGUCAGUGUAUGCUGCUCAAGCUUGCGGUUAGAUUUGCUUUUAUUUUUAAUUAAACGAUUGCCUCAUCAAACCCUUUCUUUUUUACCAUGUGAGUGAUAAUUCUCCUCUCCAAGCGCCAUACAUGUCUCUGUGUGUAACCUAUGAGAGUCUGGUACUUCAUCAAAACAAACUCCCUUGGAUGUUCCUUGUUUUCAAGGUGCAUUUUUGCUUUCCAAUUUCUUAGAGCAAGACGAAACAAGGAGACUUUUGGACAGCUUUGCUUGGAAGCACGAAAAGGCUUCCGCCAAGGUUAGUUAAGUUUAGAGUUCUAUCCUUUCAGUGAUUCAAGAAAUUAACUUUCUUUUGCUCCAUUUGAACUCGGCUAUCUGAAACUCAUCACAAUUAAAAGAUUUGAUAUUUAUUUAUUUUGUGUCGAGAAUAAGGUGCUUAUCUCAUUUUGAGUCGAAAGACUUUUCAUGACAAGUUCUUUUCCUCAUUUAAUUCAUGUCAUCAAUGAUUGCACUCUAAGGGCGGUUUAUUGGCACGAGGUCUCACCCAAACCGCGGGUUCACGCAAUCAGUGGGCCCUGGGCUCUCUGACAAGAGGGUUAAUUUAAUUAGAUAAAUGUCCUCCCUUUGCUGGCUCUCGGUCCUUUUGACACUGUUCCAAAAAAAAAAUGUUCAGAUAAAAGUUCAGUUAAAUUGAGGAUUGUUCAGGACACGGUUUUGCUAAACUAUAACUAAACUUUGUUUUAAUAAUAGGCCUUAAAUGUUUGACGCACUGUAAUCAGAAGAAGUCCGUCCAAAAAGUCUUACAAUGUUAAUAAACCAAUUAAGUUCUUCGUCAUGACUCUCAAUUUUCUAAAUUUUUGGUGGAAACGAAAGGCAAAUUCGGCCAAGUGUUGUCUGUCGUUGAAAUUUGUGUACGAAUCUCUUGUAAUGGCUUUUGAUACCUAACUAUUGCUUAUUGUUCUAGGUUUAAACUAAAUGUUCCUACCCCUGAGUUUCAUGAAGAAGACUGGGAUAGCGAAGAAGAGGUAAACAGAACCUCUUUGUACUAAUUGAACCAUUUCCAAUGCGGGUAAACGUCUGGCAUUUGUGAGCGUAGUUUAACAAGAAGAACCACUUUGAGCUCCGCUCUUAGCCUUGAUAAAGUCUUUGUAGUAUUUUAUCAUGUAUAGGUUUUCCGAACAAUUCUCCGAUACUCAUUUAUAACCUGAGUGAAGAAGGGCAUUGCGAAGGCAAACUGUCUGCCCGGAAACUAAUGCAAGCCACUCUCUUUUUUUUCUCUUUCUUUCUUUUUUAGGUGGAGGUAACGUCGACACACGCUAGUCUGGUGAAGUCGCUGCAAAAACGCAUCUCUGCAGCCAAGUAAUAAUGCUUUACUGUAGAUUCUGAAAAUAUUAUCUUCAAGUAUCGUAACAAACUUUGAUUCCUAUUGAAGGCGAGACCUCCUUGUAACCACGGUUUAUUUAUUUUAUUAAUUAGAAAGUUCUCUGGCAGCAGUUACUCCCUCACUUCCCAAACAAGCAGUAGUAAGUAAAGAACUCCUCUCAUAAAUAUUUGCAGUUUUUUAGCUGUGUAAUCUUAUCCACUUUGCUGUCAAACACUUUCAUACCUUUCAAUAUUAGCUGACAUACAGUAUAUACGGCACUCACAAACGAAGUUCACUACAGAUCGUAAAGGGUGUUAUGUUUCGCUGAAUUAAGCAGUUGAGCAUACAAGAAAAGUAACAACAACAAGACGUCACCAUUACUAGCAUCCACACCAAUGACAUCAACAACAAGAACAUUAGAAACAACAACACCAUGAACCAUGUAAAAAAAAAAAGAAAAACAGCAAUAAGGACAUAAAUAACAAAAACAGCUCAAACUAAGAAUAAUUUAAAUAUUUUUGAGGGAGAUAAAGUUGACCGAUAUUUCUGCCAAAGUAAUGCUGGUGAUUUGAUAUUUUUAUCAGAAAGCAAAGAUUUACUCGAUACUCCUGAAGAGUCAAGAUCAGUGGCUGAGAUAAAAAAACAAAACAUGGUAAAGUUGAUGAUAGUUUAGAGAGAUUUGUAGCAUUCUUCUCUGAAACUUCGAUGCUUUAAACUGAGGUGCUCUGACCUCAACAAAACGGAAUUUUCUUGAAGCUUUCAUUGGCGUUGUGUGAUGUUUUAGUUUGCUCGGAUUGGGUACUGUGGUGAUUUUGUAAUUGGGUGUUUGUAAUUUACUUUUUGAAAUACAAUAUUUAACCCAAAUGAGUUAAAUUGUACAAAAAGUGAUUUAGUUAUAGUUAUUGUGAUUAUCUAUUAUGUUAAACGGUGUUGUGUAUUGCAGGUUUUGCUGGUAUAAGAUUAAAUAUAGUAAAAAUUAAAAUUAAAAUUAUUUAAUUCAGAAUGCCUUUAUUUUUCGUUCUUUAAAUUAAUGGGGCUUAACAUUUGUUGCAGACUAUCGAUCGUCUUGUAGCUCAUUUACAUAAUAAUUUGCCAAAAGAAGCAAAAGUGAAAAUUAACAACAUUGCCAUUGAAUAUGUCAACUGUCAGGUCAGUGUUGCUAAAUUUAUUUUGUAGACUUUUACAUUAGAUAGUGCAAAAUUUUGUUAAUGAUUUUAUGUAGAUUUUUUCUGUUACGAACGAAAUCUAAAAUGACCUCUCAUGAAACAAUAUGUAUCAACCCUUUACCCAAAAGGAGACCAACAUUUACCAUACCAAAAAAUGAUGUUUAUAUCUGGGAGAGUCCAUGGGUCUUUUGUACUUAGAAAAUGUUUAUAUUUGCAAAUCUUUGUAUGACCGAUGGUAUAUCAUUUACCUCCAACCAUCGGAAUGUCAGCCAUUUUUUUUUUAUUUUUUCAAAUAUCAAAGAGGCAAUAUUUCCUCAUUUAGGCUUAAAAAUAAUGUAGAAUUUCUCUGUUUCUCCCCAGGCACGCCAGUCGGAACAGCUGUUACGUUUAUUUGUUCAAGCGUUGGAAUUCACUGACAAUCCAUUUAGCUAUCCGCUGUAAGAUUCAAAUUACGUUUAAGUCUUUACUUUAUGGUAAUAUCUUGUCAAUUAGAAAAAACCUAGUUGAUCCAAUGAACUAGUGAAAAUUCAGAGGAUCGAUGUUCUUGUCAAAAGCGCAGGAUACCCGUGUGGGGAAUCUUUUGCAAGCAAAACUCUUGAAGGAUCUCAUUAACUGGUUGUCUAGCUACACCCAUGCCCUUCGCAUCUCUGGUUCCGCCUGUAGGAAAACUUGCUUUGGAUGGACUGCCACUCAAAUCCUUGAAAUUUUAAACAUUUCAUGGAUUGAGUGCUACUCCCAUCGCAAGCAAACCCUUCCACCUUGUCCUGUCUCACAAAGCAAAACCACUCUGUCCUCUACCCUUGGCGUCGAUAAAGUCUCUGUUGGAAGUAUUUCAUAGGUUUUCCUAACUAAGUGUUCUACUUGUCUUAUCCAAUUGGUUAGAAAUACAUGUAAAUAGCGCCAGUUUGUUACCCAAUCGUAGCAAAAGGAGUGCCUUGCGAUGACCACCUGAAAAUCAUACAACGUUUUUCUUUGUGUAUGUAUGUAUGUAUGUAUAUAUGUAUAUAUGUAUAUAUGUAUAUAUGUAUAUAUGUAUAUAUGUAUAUAUGUAUAUAUAUAUAUAUAUAUAUAUAUAUAUAUAUAUAUAUAUAUAUAUAUAUAUAUAUAUAUAUAUAUAUAUGUAUAUAUAUAUAUAUAUAUAUAUGUAUAUAUGUAUAUAUAUGUAUAUAUAUAUAUAUAUGUUGCGAUAGGGGAAAAAAACAGAGAGACUACACUUUCAUCCCUACAAGCCUGUUUCGUGAUUGCUUACUCAUCAGGGGAUUUUUGUGAGCAACGAAUGAGCAAUCACGAAACAGGCUAGUAGGGAUGAAAGUAUAGCCUCUCUGUUUUUUUCCUCUAUCGUAAUAUGUAUCGCGCUCUACUUCUGCCUAUCGAGCACUGUAAAACGAAAAAAAUCAAUACGCAGACUUCAUAUAUAUAUUACUAUUAUUAUCAUCUUUGUUAUUCACAUUAUAAUCUUUGUUAUUAACAUUAUAGUUCUCACCAUCAUUUCCAUUUCCUAUUUGUUUUUUAUAAUUAACAUUUUCUGUCAUAACCGUCAGUACUUUCUCUCCCCUCCCCCAUCUCUUUUUUAUGUUACAGGAAAGGAAUUUUUAAUUAUUAUCAUUUUCUUGUAAAUGACAAUUAUUCAGCUAUCUCCCUGCGUCGUUCAUUUAAUUCUUGUUGUAUCAACCUCUUGGGUUUUUUGGGUUCCUCUCUAUUUCAUUAUAUCUCUGCUAAUCGUUUUGUGCCUUUUGGUAGAGUUAAAUAACAAUUAAUGUAUUUGAUAACCUUACCCAUGGGCAUGUUGUAUCUUGUUGUAGGUAUUCGCGGGGAACGAUGCGUGAAGUUGUAUUUUUCCAGUUGGUGGAGAGAUUUUCUACAGCUGUGACCGAGCUAAGUUUUCCUCUUCCUUCUGGUACGUUUUUGUUCAAGGAGAUAAUCAAAGAUCUCGUUAAUUUAGUUUUUUUAAACGAGACAGUUGUUGAAUUGGAUUUAAUCAGUUGGUGUGACCCCACCACUCGUGUCCUCAGGCUGUUAAACUGUUAACUGCGUAAUUGCGUAUUUCUAUGGAAGAUUUUUUCACUGACUAUGGAAGUACAACGGUUAAACUUAGUAAUAUUGUUACCAAUGUCCGUGACACUCCCUCACGGCUCGAGUGCCACUGAUGCUGUUUUUACCACUCUUUAAAAUCGUCUGACUAUCUGUGACUCAACAAGGCUAGGGAUUGUGGAAUAUUUUGGUCAAACCAAAUCAAAUAGAGGUCGUCCUCGACGAACAUCCAGAAUAUGAAAAACUAAACGAUCUCACCUUUCCCAGUUUCCAAAAGUUCUCUUUUUUGUUAAUGUUGUUGAUAUCCUUAAGUUGAUUAGUCACCAUCGCUCCAACACAGGGAUACAAGUUACUCGUCUUCGUUUGUUUCCUUCAGGUUUCCGUACAUCGAUGACAUGCCUGGGGUUUCGCUGCUUGGAAAGAAGGUAAGAUUGUUGUGUUGAUCAACUUUUUUAUGUUUGUCAUAUCUGUGCUCCUCGCGCUCGAUGAGGUGGCCUAUGAUUAGUGUGCGGGUCUCCUGAUCGAAAGGACUAGGUACGAGACUUCAUUGACUAAGGAAUAAAGGGGUAAGUUUCUAAAGAAACUGUGGUGCUGCGUCGGUGGGAGAGUAUAGCAGGUAAUUUAGUGUUAACAACUGGGUUGAAAACGUAAAUUAGCCACCGUAAAGGGUAAAAAAGCUGACGUUUCGAGCGUUAGCCCUUCGUCAAUCGCUCUGACGAAGGGCUAACGCUCGAAACGUCAGCUUUUUUACCCUUUACGGUGGUUCAUGCAUUUGUUGUAUUCUUCGGCAAUACUCUUCGCUUUGUAUUUCUUCUCUGAACUCUGGACCUGUUGAAACUUUUGCAAAACAAUUAGAAAUAAAAGAGCAUUUGGAGUUCCCUUCGCAGCCCCAUUGAGCUUUUUUCUUCGAAUUGGCUUUGAAACUUCUCGAGUAAGUGUUAUAAAGUAUAGACCAGAAGUUCGGAAGUUGUGUUCAGAAGUUCGGUUUCAAAGCGAAUGUGUUACAUUUAACUCGUAACAUUUUUUAGUUUCAUUUGUUCCCCAGAAAGCCCAAGAAAAAAUCUGACUUCACAUUUCUGAGUAUAAUGAAAAACUCUGUAUUUUAAGAUAUAAAAAAAUUUAGUCUUCUUUUAAUCGAUGAAUUCGAAAGGGUAUUUUGUACUGUCUCUCUCGUAGAAUGUUUUUACAGUACGUGGAUAAUAGCGUGUUGCAAUUGACGAAAGGUUUUAUAACUCGACUUGUUGAAGGUAAACAUUUUACAAAAGUUUUUUUAUUUGAUAAAAUUUAGCUUAAAUUGUUUAAAAUAAGUCAUUUAUUUGCAAUUCAAGUCAAUCCGCUGUCUUUCAAUCGUUAUGUCGCCCGUCUCUGAAAAGUCCCAAAAGUCCGAAGCCCUAUAAGGACUAAGGAAUGGUAAUGCAGGAUUAAGCUCAAAACUAGCCUCAAAUUCUUGGUUACCUCAUGUUUUUAUUGUUUUAAUUUCAAAGCUAUUAAUAUUCCGAUCUUUAAUGUAAAACGGCAAACGUAAAAUAGCUCUGCGGAACCAGGAACUACCAGGGCUAUUGAGAAACGGGCCACUGGUCUGUUUUUGAGGCUUCUCUUGCCUCUUUCAUGUUGUUCUUCCCUCGAAAACUGUAACUUUAAGGUUUUAUUCUAUUUAAUCCGUUGAUCCCCUACGACUGGGUAGAUCUUUAAACAAAUUCUCCUAGUCAGCACCUUAGGAAAUGUAUGGCGAACAGUAUGAGGAAUAUGCAUACUGAUGUUAGGAUGUAAAGUGUUAAAGUCAGGUUUGCCACACCCAUGACCCACAAGAGUGAACGUUUUAUGUCGGCUCCCAUUUCAAAUGGAAACCCGUCUUUUCAUACUGGUACAUUGGCCGAGUACAUCUUGGUAAAAUUUGACGUUGAAAACGAAACGCGUUUCAACUGUAAUCAACAUACUCCUGAGAGUCUCCGCUUGUUCUUUCAGCCGCCUCCACUAGAAUAGCUGAUAGUAGCAUGUGAUGUUUUUCAUCGAAAGUUGCACAUUUCUAUCAUUUUUUCCCUGCAGAAUUCCAACAAGGUGAACGAGACGAGGAGGAAUUUGUCUUUCGAAUCAUUUGUCGCUUGAAGCAUGUAAGUUGAUUCCCUUUGUUCAGGGAGCUAGCCUAACCACAGAUUGUGUGUUUUGGAGAGAGACUGUGAAAUGGAAUUUCUAGAAAUCUCAAGAAAGCAUAGUGACGUUCUAGAGUACGUAAUCAAUUAAUUUACGAACCCGGUCACCCUCUCAGAGGGUUGGUUGUUGUAGUCGGCAGAGACCGAACCUUUGGAGAAGCUUAAAUGGGCGGGAAGUUUGUAUACAGUCAAGGGUUUCGGGAAUAAUUUGGAGAUAAGCAUCUUUUUCUUUUAGUUUGUGCCAGUGUUGGUUAAGGGUCAAGUCCACUUUAGUUGGCUUUGUUUACAUUAAACUGCAAUGUGUAAGAGUCGCUUUUUUAUUUUAGUAAAAGUUACUUCACAAUCAAAUUCAUUGGUUGUAUACGAUUUUUAUAUGCAUUUUCUUGUCGGUGUAACGAUUUUACCGAAACACGCAAAUGUUGAAAUAUGCGUAGUACUCUUUACCUCACUGAGCUAGCUAUUUGGAAAUAGUUUCGUUUGAUUUGCCAGUAGUCUUCUUGAUUUAGUCGAUACAAAUCUACUGUUUUUUCUUAGACUCUUGCUAAAGAGGCCUUACUGCGCUGGGAUCAUCCUUUUAAAGCCAGGUGAGGCGCGAUGUCAUUCACGCCCAAAGUACAUUUGUGUAUGAAACACACCCCUCACAAUAUGAUUCUCUUCGCCAAGUAGUAGCUUUGUGGUUUGUGAGUAGUUUAUACGAAAACAUGUUCUACUGUAAGACAGUAAGACACGUCUCUCUCUCUCUCUCUCUCUCUCUCUCUCUCUCUCUCUCUCUCUAUUAGGUUAUAUUCUCAGAGGCUCGCGGAGGACUUGUUAAACAAAGACUCGUCAGGAGGUAUGGUCCAACGGCGUUUUUAUGAAUCGAUUUCGACCAACAUUCCCUCAAUCGUUCGAUACUUCAGUCCUUUAUUCCUUUAUUUAUUCUCAUAAAGGCCGAGAAAAUUCGGAAGGUCAUCAUACCGGCAGAGGAAACAGCCUUCUUACUGGGUUUACAUUCGUGGACGCCGGUAGGUAACUCUGUUCUAUGAAAAUUGUAAACGAAAUUAAUUUUCUAGCGCAUGUUUCUCAUCAAGGGUCGAUGCUCUUUACUUUCAAAGUCAAGGGCAAGAAGGGCAGUCACUGUCCGUUCAUAUCAAGUGUCAUCAGAAGCUUAUAACUGUCUUGUGUCACCCACCGUCCUGGCCUAUAUAUCAAAUAGACGUUGACCAGAAUCGAAUGUUCGUCCCGUGUUCUGUCGAAGAUUGAUAUGAGCUUCUGACCCAGUGCCCCACAUUCCAUCCUCCUCAUCUUCAUUCUCGAUUGAUUGUCAAACUUUAUCUAUGUGAUGUUGCUUGUAAUUUGGAGUCAUUGACUGAUUAGUUACUCAAACCGGUUGUGACGUGGUGACACCUAGGCGUUUUACGGCGCCAAAAACUGAGUCUGACUAUUAACUAUUUUCUUUGCCUUUUCAAUUACAGUUGUUUUUUUACCAACACUCCAUCGAAAACUUCCUCUUCUCGCCUGAAGCCGUUACGGCAAUACAUUUAUUGGGUGUUGAGGGACUUAAUGAGUAGAUUCUUCUUAAAGUCUCUCUUUUCACUACCUCCAGAUUCCGAUUCAGAAAGUUUCUUACCUUUGACAAAUCUGAUGAACACUCUGAGAAAUAGCGGUAAGACUUAAGGCAUUUGAUAUUAUUUCACGCAGAGGGGCAUAUUACAGCUAGUGACACAGCGGUUGGAACGACUGCAUUUCCAAUCUUUCCAAAGCGUUGUUGUUUAAAAUUUCGUAAAACGUGUUUUAGGGACAUAAAGUCCCCAAUUUUCAAUGAAUUAUUGUUUGGACUGCUCGUUCCCUCUUUUGUGCGCUACUUAACGAAUAAAUUCCACGUUGCUGUGCGUCUGUCCAGUGAUAGAUUACAGAUAACGUCAAAAUUAUGGUAAGAACAAAAACAUGGCAAAUGAGGCACAGCCAAGUGUGUGACUGUGAUGUUGUGUAUGAUGAUGAUAUUAUCAUGGUGAUUGUUAUUUUUAUUGUCAUUUUCAUUCUAGUUGCAGCUGGGGUUAACAGACAAACUGUGACCUCGGUUGAUCUAGACUACGUUGAGGAGCAAGCGCUACUGGAAACACAACGGGAAAUAGUCGGGAGCUUGGGAACGAUUCCGUUUUAAGACAAGAGACGCCACGUGUGUAGGAUGAAGACACCUCGGAGGAAAAACGUUCACUGGAGAGAAUUUCAAGGAUUAGGAGGGUAUUUAAAGCUGCAGUUUCACCUCGCAGAUAAGAAGCUUUGUUUGGUCAAUUACUGUUUUAUUGGAAUCAUAUCGGCCGAAAGCUUGGAUAGAAAUAUUUUUUCUCUUAUCCCCCUUACCAUACGUUAAAAUCCUUAGAUCAGUGAAAGAUAUUGUGAAACAAGAGUAUAGGAGAUAAUGAAAGCUGAUAAACGAGAAGGUCCGAUUAGAAAAUUGAUAGCCUGUAGUGCAGGCGUCUUGUUAGUGCGAGCUAACGCUAAAAGUGGACGGUGGGGGUAGGGGGCGGGGGAGAAAAGACGGUGUAAUCUUCACUCCCCUACCCCACCCCUCUCCUUAUUCUUGACCGUCGACCGCCCCCUCGGUAUAAAUUUCUACUCUCCCCAGCCUUCCGCUGCCAUUAAAAUCAAAGAUGGCAGCUAUAAUAUUCGUUAUCAAAUUACUUGGCACUCGCUGGCAAAAAUUACGCCUGCUCCACAGGCGAGAAAAUUGAGCGCUUGCAUGAGAAAAUUUUUGAGUUAAUAUGAUUAUUUUGUCAAGAGUGUUAUUCUUAAAUUGAGUCAUCGUUGGGAUGCCUCUCACAAAAGAAAAUGUAUCACGAUUUCCUUCCUUAUCCAUUGUUUUGUAUGCCUACUUAUACGAUGAAUGGUUGCUCCAACAAGAAAUGGAAAAACAACAACGUGUUCACAUAGUGAACCAAACACAUACCUCGCUCGCCACAGUAACAAUUGCUCAGUGUGCUGAUACAUAUUUUUGUCAAGGAAAGGAGAUAACGUAAAAUUUGACUGGUUAUUUUCCAGUAUGCGCGGGGUUGUGAAAUUGAAAAUGUGGAAAACUGUGAUGGGGAAAAGAGAAACCAAUUGUGCUUUAUAUAAGAAUUCGAACUUGAUUUAAAAUCGAAUCUCAGCUACCAGUUUGCAAAGACAGAAGGGAUUUGGGAUUUAUUAAGCCCUUUUAACCCUAUUGGGUUGGGGUUAAACGAAUUCUCCAUUUCAGCACGAAAGGGGAAGACUUAUGGAGAAUAUGGACACUGAUGUUAGGGUAAAAAGGUUUUCGUGAGAAGAGAAACGAAUAGAGUGCUUAGUUUACUUAUAUGAAAUGGAAUAAAAUUUAUUGGCUAUUGUAAAAGUAUGUACAGAAUUAUGAAAUUUAAAUUUUUCAUAAAUUUAUAUAAAAUUAUUGAUUGAGUUUGUAUCAGUCUUAGCCAUGACUUUGGUUGAACGGUAUUUAGAGCAGUAUUUAUGCUUGAACAAAAGUAGGAUUAAAAUUUUUUUUUCUGAGAAAAACGAG